AUGAUACACUCAGCCAAUCAGAUCACUGAGCCGCGCCAUGGCAACCAUCAAUGGGCUUCUGAAGAGAAUUCUGUGUCGUCUUCAGGUUCCACCACUACAGACUGGCUGCGCUCCCUGCCCUGUCUCCAUGGAGACCAACUGCUACAGAGGGAGAGGAAGUUGGCCGAGGUGCAGACUCUGGUCCUAAAGGAGUGCCUGAGACGUAGAGAAGAGGCAGAGAAGCCAGCUUCAAUACCAGUCAAUGACCUGAAGAUCUUGCUCAGCCUGGCCAGAGAACAGUACCUCAAGAUGCAUGACUCUACCCUGCCUAAAGACUCCAGUCUGCCCAGAGUUGAGCCCUGUGGAGCAGAGGAGAUGAACCUCAAGACUACAGAGUUCAUUAAACACUCCCAACAUGCUGAUUGGCCAGAGAGAAGUGUUCUGCAGAACUAUGAGAACCUCCAGAGGACUCGUCAGAAGCUGAGGUUUGGUCUGCUGUCUGGCAGCUCAUCUGACUGUCUGCUGGGGCCUAAAGAUGUCCAGGGCCAGAGAACCACCCCAGCCUUGCUGGAUGCCAAAGAGCUGCUUAGACACUUCACACCAGAUGGCCUGCCCACCGGAGAACUGCAGCCUCUAUUAGUCCAGAGACUAGGGGGAAACGCAUUCCAGAUGUCUCCAGACUUGACCCCCAGGAAAGUGACCCAGAUCCCCUUCAGCCAAGCAGCCAGCUCCCACUACCAUGGACUAGAGUUCUGUCUGGACGAGCAGGGCCACAAGGCCUUGGACCGGGACCAGGGCUUCGUCCGGCUGCAGUCUCGUCUGAUUCGCUACGAGACCCAGACCACCUGCUCCAAGGAACCUUGCCCCGUCCCCUUCGCCUUAAGCCCCGCCCCCUCGCCGGCCGUGCUGUCUGAACCAGGAAGUGUCCCGGACGGAGAGGCCCUCCUCAACUCAGACCUGCCCAGGAUCAAGAGACGAUCCUGGGAUACAGACGCCACCCACCCCCAUAAGAGGCUGGCCAAGUCGGAGAGCAGUGAGUCCCUGGGCUCUGUCUGCAGUGGCAGCGGUGGAACUGAUACCCACCCAGCUGUGAGAGGCUUGAGACUGCAGAAAACCAGGUCUCAGUCCUCCUCCUCCUCAGUCUCAGCCCUAAGAAUGGGCACCCGCGGGCCAGAGAAGCACCACCCUGACCCCCAAAACAGCCACAGAGCCCCCCUGGGCCAGGGACACAGACAGGGACAGGCAGAGGACAAGGCCAGCAAGGAGUCUCGCUCCCAGAAACAUGCCCGGAUGCUAGAAGAGGUUGUGGCGAAGACGCUGAAGCAUCAUGGGAUCACCAGAGAACACAAGAAUCUUGCCGCCUGCAGUCAAAGACUGUUUGAAAUCUCCAAAUUCUAUCUGAAGGAUCUGAAGACGUCCAGGGGCCUUCAUGAGGAAAUGAUGAAAGCAGCCAGCAGCAAUGCCAAGCAGGUCAUUGACUGGGUUACGGAGCGGGCCUCUAAGUGACGAGGGAAGUUAAACAAUCACUAGUGGUUUUAGACUGGUUUUAUAGUCACGGCAAACCGCAACCAUCAGUGGAAUGUAGUUUCACCACAGGAAACAUCAGUACAGUCUGUCAGGAUGUGAACGUGUGAUUAGCAUGUUUGUUUGUGUCUUAAGAACCUCAGUGACUGUCAGUUGCCAGGCAACCAUUCAUUGUAAUUCCAUUGUUUGUUUUAAUGAGUUCUCUCUUAUGUUGUUUUAAUAGGAAAUUCCACAAACUGGGAGGUUUGUCUUUUCGAUGUGUUUACAUGCUUUAUUUAACAUGUGUGUAUGUCUCUGUUUGUUGUAAAGCAUUGGUAGAAUUGUAGAUAUCACUAUUUCUUUUAGUUGUGCCAUCAAUUUGAUGAAAUCUAAUAAAAUGUGUUUUGUGAUCUU